UAAACGGCAGCCGGUCCCAAGGAGGACCAGAUCCGAAGCAUCCGCCAGUGUGGACACCUAUCUAGGCCGUCGACCUUGCAUGCGAGCACCGGUGAAUGCGAUUCACGAUGUGGACUAAGUGUGUGCCCUUUGCUUGGGUGUUGAUCCUUUUGCUACCAUUAGCAAGAGGGGAGGAUUCGUUGAAAAGCGCUUUGAACGCUGUAAAUAGGCGUCAACGUGACUUGAAUGGGUACCGUAGAUUGGGCCUUUAUCAAAACGAUGGAAAUCCUUACAUAGCUGAUGAUGGAAUGAAUAACGACGUCCAAUACGUGAUUCCUGAUGAGAAGGCCGAGUCUGAGAACGUCGAUCUCGAGAAAGCGUUGUUCGAAUACUUGGAGGAGAAGUCCGCUGACAAUUCGAAGAAUCGCAUUUCAUCUCCCUUUCGCGAACGCGUCGAGAAGGAUAAGGCCCGUCAGAAGGAGUUACUGUUGUCUAAGAUGUACAUGAAUCGUCCAGAGUCUGAAGCGUCAGAUGCCCUGGGCGAUAUGUAUGAUAAAAGCGUCAAAGCUUAUUCUAGCAAUGAUAUCAAUGAUAAAAGAUCUUAUGCUGGUUGGGAUAGUGUUGGUAUGAAGAAACGUACUCGCUAUUCUUCACAAAACCCACUUGAUUUCUACGUGUUGAACGGUCGCGAAAAUCUGUACGAUGAAGACUACGCGACCCUUCAAAACGAGAAAAUUGACAACUACAAUCCGUACAACCAUUUUCCGGUUUCUAAACGUAGCAAAUUUGCUCACGAGCAUAAGCGUUCCGUCAAGCAAACGGGAAAGACGGAUCCUAAAGUGGAGAAGGAGCUAUCCGGAAUCUUCAACACCAAACCGAAGGCAACCAAGAAACCUACUUUGAUGGAAGAGAAGCCAAAAAAGGACGUUACCAAGGAAGAGGUUCCAAAAAACGUACCACCUGAGAAGCCAUUAGGCAUCACAAAAAAGUCCAUAAACUGGUCAGACUACUUCGGCCUGGACCGCCGCAAGAAGUCCGGCGACGACAUCGACAACGAAUGGCUCCUAGAGCGUUACCAUAAAACCGCAGCCAUUGCCUCCAAGCGUACAGAAUAUCCCUUGCAAAACUUCCACGAUCACGAUAACCAAAUGUCGAAGAAACCUAAUCAAUCCAAACUCAAGGAAAUGGAUGAGAAGUUGAAGACUUUGGAGGAGUCCAUCGUGGAUGACGCUUUGAAGUUCACCGGGUCCCACGAAGGCACCGUUGACUCCAAGGAAAUCCAAGAAGUCAAAGAUCGCAUCAUCACUCGUUUAGCAGCUGCUUACAGCUUGGAGAAGAUGCGCAGGGCUAUAGGACAAUACAAGGAGAGCAUGGAGAAAAGCGUCCAAGACGAUAACAUCAACGAGGAUAAGCGCGUAUCCGUUGCUCGUAAACAAGCUGUCGAUAAGGAUCGUUCUCUCGAUGUAAAGGAAGAUAAUAAUAUCAAGUGUGCCGAAGGCACCGACGGCGAGGAUUGCGAGGGUCAAAACUAUAAACCUCCUUCCGAAUUGCUUGAGGAAUCGAACUGGGAAAGAGGCUCCGGAUGUCCUCGUAUCGAGACUGUCUGCAAUGAUGUAGUAGCUGUGCUCGGUCAUUACGGGAAGACCUUCGAGAUCGCCUGCAACAUGUAUCAGAUGUGCUUGUUCUGCGGUGAAAACGGUUGGUUCGUCGGUACUCGUCAAUGCAACGUAUUGUUCUUGGCCAAGGCUGAUGAACUAUGCGAUGAGGAUGUCGAGUGUCGUUGGGUAGCUCGUCAAUCUGUCAAGUAUCUGUUGCACGUCAAUAGAUCCUUAAGAACCGAGCCGUUAACUGACUGCGACAUCGAGUGCCCAGACCGUCAGUAGACUUCGACGAUUGCUUACCUACACUACAACAAAAUAUAUAACCUAGUAUACCUUAUAUGUCCAUCCCCUAGAUCUUGUUGUGAGAUGAUUGCGACUUGAAAGAAACCCCUUGCGCAAACGAAUACAUAACGUUUAGUAUCGCAGGGGCUCUCUUUGAGCUGGAGACAAUUCCGCAGGUUGCGCAGGCUGUAAAUUCGAUACCAUCAAAUAAAAAUCAAUGAGCACGAGCAUACAAAACCUUUGGGUUUCGGUACCAUAUGGUCCGAUCAGCCCAGGAUUCAUGUAUUAAUAACUACUAAUAGUGCUGGAUUCUACAACCUGCGCUCGUAUAGCCGUACAGUUAUAUUAUCCUUCCUUACCUGAUACUCAUUACACAUUAAAUAUUGAUGUCCAAAAUAUAUAUAACUUAUACGUGUAUGCAAGAAUAAAAAUGAUAAAAAAAAUAGAUGUUGCUCCGGGAACUUUCGAGAACCUGGGAUUAUGUAUGACAUUUAAAUGUAUCGAUUCGGAACAAUAAUUUAUGAUAGCACAAGCUUUAAAAUUAAUCGGUAACAACUGAAUGGAAGAUGAGAGGGAGACGGUGGAAGAUGGUGACGAAGAAAAAAAAUAAUAAUUUUUGAUGAUUUUUAUCGAGGUAAUAAAUGAUGUUCCGAAUUAAUAAU